CUCAAUGUGGGCGUCACGUCUGACAGGAGGAUAUAAGUGUCCACGUGAACUGAGGUGAAAAGAUUUUGUCUCAGCGAAACUCCAGCAGAUGAGGAUGCACUUCGUUGUUAUGGUGAUGCUGUUGGUGGCAAUAAUUAUUGAUGGAUCAGAAUGCAGGUCCAGCUGUCGGCUCACCAAUAUCUCCAUUACCGUGGAAAGUGAGGAAUGUGGCAGCUGCAUCACAAUUGACACCACGGCCUGUGCCGGGCUUUGCAAAACACAGGAAAGUGUUUACCGUAGCCCACUGAUGCUGUCUUACCAGAACACCUGUAACUUCAGAGAAUGGACCUACGAGACCUAUGAGUUUAAAGGCUGCCCUGCCAGGGCAGACUCCGUUUUCACUUACCCAGUGGCCCUCAGCUGUGAAUGUAGCAAGUGUAACUCUGACAUCACAGAUUGUGGAGCUCUUAGCCAGCAGACACUCAGCUGCAAUGCACAUUAGACAAGGAAACCAAACACUGCUUUGCAACCUUUUGAAAGCCUUUUGUACAGUUCUGAAUAUUUCAUAAUGUAAAUUGCAUAAUGGAAUGAAACAAAUAUAAAACAUUUGCAUAUUAUUUGCAAGCAUCAAUAAAUAUAACAUGCUGCAAGAACCCA